CAUCUCCACACCUAUCUCUCUAUGUUCAACACACAACCAUGUACAUCUCCACACCCAUCUCUCCAUCUCUCUAUGUUCAACACAAAACCAUGUACAUCUCCACACCCAUCUCUCUAUGUUCAACACACAACCAUGUACAUCUCCACACCCAUCUCUCUAUGU